AUGACCCUGUUGACAGUUUUCUGCUUGCUGGCCUGGUUCCCGCUACAGCAAGAGGCAUUUCUCACCUACCGCACUGAGACGUUCACCAUAGUGGAGGGGCGGACACUCACUCUGAAGUGUGCCAUCCCUCGGGCUGACAAAUCAUCCCUGCAGUGGAUGGCCCCAACAGGGUUCACCAUUUUCUUCAACCAGCAAAAGGUUUUAAAAGAUCACAAAUACAAGCUCACCCACCACUCCAAGGACCAUCUCUCCAUCUCAGUGUCCAACGUAACUGUCCAAGACGAAGGUGUAUACCGGUGUCUGUACUACACCAAACCAGUGAGGACCAAGAAAGUGACUGUCAUUGUGAUUGCCCCACCUUCCAAGCCAACGUUGGAAGUGUUAGCAAUCAGAACACCCCAUAGAGAAGAGGUUCUACUGAAAUGUUUCACCACGAGAAGCAAGCCCUCUCCUCAGAUAACCUGGCUGAUGGACAACGGGUUGGAAGUCUUCGGUGAAACCAAACACAUAUUUGAACAUAAUGGUAAGAGAUGCAAUACCACGAGCACGCUCACAGUCCUGACAUACAGGAAAAGUUCGGUGAUCAGCUGCAUUGUCCGACACAAAGCUCUGCAAGGUGGAAAUCUGACCACAUCCUUCAGGUUUGAAGAUCUCGGGACCACUGGAGCACCUCCAACCACAACAAUGCCCACAACCAAUUCACCAGCAAAUACCCAAGACAGAGACUUCACUACACAUUCAACCCUCAACUCCACACCGCCAACCCCACCAGACUACAAGAGCGAGGGUCCCUGGAGAAGCUCAACUCCCGAAAUGAAAACCCAGCAGAAUGACCUCCAGAAUAACACAACUCCAGUAACAGAGGAAUUCAAUCACCCAGCAAUAGUUACAAUAAACAUUGAAUCAACGACUCAGAAAUAUAACCUCACCAACGAAACCAAUCCCAUGCCUGAAGAGAUGAUGAAAAAGAGUAGUGGCAUUCUACUUCUCACCCUUGUGUCUUUCCUCAUUCUGAUCCUUUUAAUCAUUGUCCAGCUCUUUAUCAUGAAGCUAAGGAAAGCACAUGUGAUUUGGAAGAAAGAAAAUGAAAUUUCCGAACAGACCCUGGAAAGUUACAAGUCAAGGUCAAAUAAUGAAGAUACCCCACACCAGGAGAAGUAUGGCCAAAUUUCCAGUCAGAAGGGUGGCACGAACUAUAUUACAGCCAUCAAUACUGAAACAGAAAGCAAGAAGCCAACAGAAACUACCCAAGCUAUUCAUCAUUACCAUUGCCAGGAUUCAUCAGCUGAAAAGGGACUGGAUCACUUACCAGAAACAACUGUAUAG